UCAUAUCCGCAUUUCAAUGAAAUGAUUAAAAAAAAAUUAUCAUAUUGGAGCUUCCAUCUUCUUGCACCUUCCUACUUUGAGUGUAGCCGGAAAAUUUCAUCUGGUUGGGUUAAAAACUCAAACUUUUUGUCCUUGAAUUCCAGCUAUGUUUGAUUUCAGUUCGUUUUAGACCUUUUGAUUGUGGGGUGUCUUUCAACUCUUAGCAAAUCAAUUUCUUUGCUGUGAUUGCGCUUGUUUUGGCAGCUUAUUAACUCUAAUUCGCUCGAUUUUCAGAGGGUUCUCCAAUCCUCAUUAUUCACUCAUCUAUUCGAGUUGGGUUUUCAUUGUUGGUAAAAAAUUCCGGCUCAUUCUCAUAGCUGAAGCGUUAGGGUUUGAUUGUGGGAUGUUCGGAGGUCGAGGCUGAAGCAUAAACGAUGAAGAUGAAACUCAGGAAAUCAGUGCUUUUCUUGCUGUUGGUGACGGUUCUUGCGCCAAUUGUUCUGUACACAGAUACUCUUGGAUCGUAUUUCACAUCAUCUUCUUCUCGGGAUGCAUUUGUAGAAGAUAUUUCAAACGUAAUGUAUGCUGGUGAAAUCAGGCCAUUAAAUGUGCUACUCACUGCAGAGGAUGGGUUUUCGACUUUAUCCUCUUUGAGAAGUAGCGGCGUUGACAACCAUUCUUUGGAUGAUCAUCCCUUGAGACAGGUGACACUGGUGGCUGCAAGGGAGGAUAAUUCGAUGAAAAAUGAACCAACUGGGGAUGUAAGAGGUGGGGUUAAUUCAAAUGAUCAGCAGCAUUACAAAGGCUCAUCUGAUAAUGAGUCGGGGAAAAUGGUAAGGGAAGUGAAGCAUCUACUACAGUCUUCCGAUAUAUCUAGUAAAGAUACUUCAAGAGAACAAACGAGGGCUAUGAGUGAGAAACUGAGAGAAGAAACAGCACUGCCGGAUGUUCGCAUACGUCAGCUUAAGGACCAGCUGGUUCGAGCCAGAGUUUAUCUGUCGCUUUCAGGGACUCGAAACAAUGCUCACUUUAUAAGGGAGCUUCGUGUGCGUAUUAAGGAUAUUCAGCGAACACUUGGAGAUGCCACCAAGGAUUCUGAGCUGCCCAAAAAUUCUUUAGAGAAGUUGAAAGCGAUGGAGCAAACAUUGUUAAAAGGCAAAGGCAUACAGGAUGAUUGUACCGCCAUGGUAAAGAAACUUCGUGCGAUGAUUCAUCUGUCUGAGGAACAGCUCCGAGUCAACAAGAAGCAGACUUUGUUCUUGACACACCUAACAGCAAAGACAACUCCUAAAGGGCUUCACUGUCUUCCUCUGCGACUUUCAACUGAAUAUUUCAUGCUGAGUUCGUCUCAACAAGAUUUCGCCAACAAGGAAAAACUAGGCGAUCCUAACCUGUACCACUACGCCUUGUUUUCAGACAAUGUCUUGGCUGCGGCAGUUGUUGUGAACUCAACAAUAACCAAUGCAAAGGAUCCUUCAAAACACGUCUUCCAUGUUGUCACUGAUAGACUUAACUAUGCUGCCAUGAAAAUGUGGUUUUUGGCGAAUCCUCCAGGCAAGGCCACGAUACAGGUUCAGAAUGUUGAAGAGUUCACUUGGUUAAAUUCAAGUUACAGUCCUGUUCUUAGGCAGUUGGGGUCUCCCUCCAUGAUUGAUUAUUACUUCAAAAGUCGUCGCGGUGCUGCAUCAGAUUCAAACCUGAAAUACAGAAACCCCAAGUACCUCUCCAUCAUGAAUCACCUUCGGUUUUACCUACCUGAGAUCUUCCCAAACCUGGGCAAGGUUUUGUUCUUAGACGAUGAUAUUGUGGUCCAAAAGGACCUCACCAACCUCUGGUCUCUUGACCUGAGGGGUAAAGUUAUUGGAGUGGUAGAGACAUGUGGAGAGAACUUUCAUCGGUUUGACCGUUACCUCAAUUUUUCGAAUCCUCUGAUUUCUGAAAGGUUCAGUCCCCGUGCCUGUGGUUGGGCUUUUGGGAUGAAUAUCUUUGAUCUGGACAAGUGGAGGAAUCAAAAUAUUACUGAAGUUUACCACAACUGGCAGAACUUGAAUCGGGACAGGCUGCUUUGGAAACUCGGGACUUUGCCGCCCGGUUUGAUAACCUUCUGGAACCACACUUUUGCCCUUGAUAAAUCUUGGCAUGCCCUUGGACUGGGGUAUAAUCCAAAUGUAUCACAGAAGGAGAUCGAGCGGGCUGCUGUUAUACAUUAUAACGGCAACUUGAAACCUUGGCUUGAGAUAAGCAUACCCAAGUUCAGAAACUACUGGGCAAAAUUCAUCGAUUAUGAUAAUCAAUAUCUGCGGGAAUGCAACAUUUCUCCAUGAGCGACUUGUACCAGCGAUUCACCCUCAGCUACGUUUGUGAUGGCAAAGUUAUUUAAUGACGAUUCUCCCUCAGCUAUGUGAGUGAUGGUGAAGCUAUUUAAAUUGCAACUACAUGCCCUUCCUAUUUUAAUGUGUGAAUAGGAUGCUGCUAAGCUAUUUAGUUAUGUUUUCUUUAGUGGCGUAUUUGUUGUUGGAAGCUGCUGCUGCAAGCUGUAUGUUGUUGUACAUGAUCUGAGAGUGCAGUUGAUAUUCUUUUGUAGCUUGAAUUCGACAUUGUGCAGUUGCUGCUUUGUUCUCUGGAUAAAUUUUAUAUCAAAGCCUACAUGUUCUACUGCUGAAGAA